GAUGUUCACCAUUUUGUUUCUCUCUCCCUAAACGCACGCACACUCACUCACUCACUCACUCUCUCUCUCUCUCUCUCCGGCAGCCUCUGAGAGGAAGAGGAGAGGAGGAAGAAGAAGAUUAAAAAAGGUCUCAAUCAGUUGCUGGUGGGAGGUGGUGGAGUUCACCGCCACCAUUUUCCGCCGCCCUUUUUUCCCGCUAAGCUUUUGCAGCAAUCCAGCUCCCCUCCCACUCAAAAGAUAAGGACUGUUUUUUCUCAGAAUUUAAACACAGUUCAAUUCCCGAGGAGAACUUUUAUCUUCCAACAAUCUUUUUUUGUCUGCUUCAGUGGGCUUAAAAGUUUGAUAGAGAUUGACAGAAGAAAGGGUCUCAAAGGAGUCUUUGUCUCUUCACUGAUUGGUGAAAACAAGGUUGUGACGAAUCAGAUCUGAUCAAGAAGUUUCACUUGGAUAGGGUCUACUGUAGAGGAUUAUCAAAGGUUGUUAAUCGCACGGAAGAAUAUGAAUACUUUUUCACAUGUUCCUCCAGGUUUUAGAUUCCACCCCACAGAUGAAGAACUUGUUGAUUACUACCUUAGAAAAAAAAUUGCUUCGACAAGAAUUGAUCUUGAUGUCAUUAAAGAUGUUGAUCUUUACAAAAUUGAACCAUGGGACCUACAAGAGCUGUGCAAGAUUGGAACUGAAGAGCAGAAUGAAUGGUAUUUCUUUAGCCAUAAAGACAAGAAAUAUCCAACAGGAACUCGCACUAAUAGAGCUACAAAAGCAGGAUUUUGGAAGGCUACUGGUAGAGACAAGGCUAUCUAUGUGAAGCAUAGUUUGAUUGGCAUGAGAAAGACCUUGGUGUUUUAUAAAGGUCGAGCACCAAAUGGACAAAAGUCAGAUUGGAUAAUGCACGAGUAUAGGCUAGAAACAAAUGAAAAUGGGACUCCUCAGGAAGAAGGAUGGGUUGUCUGCAGGGUGUUCAAAAAGCGAAUGCCCACAGUGCGCAGAAUGGGCGAGCAUGAUUCGCCAUGUUGGUACGAAGACCAAGUCUCAUUCAUGCCAGAUUUUGACUCACCAAGGCGGAUAUCUCAGCCUUAUAAUUCAUACCACCAUCACUAUUCCCUCAAGCAAGAGCUUCAAUUGCAGUACAACAUGCCUCAUGACCCAUUCCUCCAGCUCCCUCAAUUAGAAAGCCCAAAACUUGCACAGCCCAGCGAAAGCUGCAACUCAGUGGCACCCUAUGGACUUGAUAGGAAUAACAAUGGAAGCACUUUGCAGUCCUCAACACUCACACAAGAUGAAACUUUUCUCCAAAGCAAUCAGCCAAACAUCCAAGCAGUGGAUCAAUUGACUGAUUGGCGAGUCCUUGAUAAAUUUGUCGCGUCUCAGCUCAGCCAAGAGGAUGCAUCUAAGGAAAAUAACAACAACUACUCAAACUCGGCUUCGUUUCAAGUGGGUGAAGAACACAUGAACAUGCUGCUCAAUGAUUCCAAGAGGCAAGAUAUCAAUUCGGAGUAUGCAUCAAUAUCCAACCCUACUUGCCCAAUUGAUCUGUGGAAGUGAAAAGAAAAUCUUAUAAUAUCUAGAGACAUAUAUCUAUACUAAAUUACUAAUGAUAGGGAAACGGGUCUAAAGAAAAUUAAGGUUGCAUUUAGUUGGGAGAUUUGAUGAGAGAUUGAAAAAGGAAAUGGAAAAGGUAGGUGAAAUAUAAAUAAAAUAUACUUAUAUUUCACUUAAUUUCACACACAUUUUUCUUUUUUCUUUUCCUUUCCAGAUUCAUCUUCAAAUCUUCCAACUGAACACAACCUAAAAGAAGUCUUGAUCAAGCUUUGUUGUACAUAAUAAAACUAAAUUGGUUUGAUUUACUAAAUACUAAGGCGGUUACUUAAACCAGAGAUGCCUAAUACAAAUAAAUGAUUAUACUUAGGUGGAAUGUGUGGCCGAGUGCCAUGGGAUUGACUCGCAGUGAGUGUUGGAUGUAUUUUCUUAUAUUGCAGUUUAAUAUGAUAUUGGAAGGGUUUGUUGUCGUAGAACCCUCUCUAUUUAGACUAUAUUUUGUACUCGAACAUAGCAUUCAUAACAAUUUCUUCUUGUUUAUUUAUUA